AUGACGGCCUCUCUCGAGCUUCUCGAAGCUCUCCUCGAGCAUAUCAUCCCAUCUACACAACAAAAUGGCCAGGUAUCACAACACGGCAACGGCCACCCACACACAGCCGCGCUCCAUGCCCUUGCGCCAUUCAGGAUCACAGGGGCAGCAGCGGGAGGGCGGUGCUGCUGCUUAUCCCCGCUGCCAUGGACGACAUGAAGAUCUGCCGGCCCGACGCCAUCCGGCCCGGCGUGGACUCAUCCGGCCAUCUCGCUUCCACCCUUGCGAUGGAGGCAGCCCUCCAGUACUGCAUCCAAUGGGCUCGCGAAUGCGCCAUAGUCGUGUGGUAUGCCACAUGCCUGAGAAGUGGAGGUGCAUUGAUGGCCUAUGGUGUGUGCAGUGAGCAGGAGUCGCUUCUGUCGCGGCCCGCCCUGCUGCGGACGGAUGAGCGGCGGGGAGGUCACCACCACACGUCUGCGGCCAUGCCACACCCGGCUAUGGAACGCAUCCUGCUCAAGUAUGCUGGGAAACCACCAGCCGCUCUUGAGGCCAUCAUCUCUCAUAGCCAUGGGUGUAUGGGUGUGUAUGCUGCUGCAGGUAUGUUGACCAUCAUGCCCAUCCCCGGGGCUCCCGACGCCCCGCCCCAUCAGACGAGGCCAACGAUCCCCCCGCCACCCGCCAGUGGUACCGGCUGCUUGACACCCUCACCGCCCUGCACGAAAUCGACCCCCCGCAGCCGCACCUACACACACACUCCCGCCCACAGUCGGCCGUGGCGAGCAGGAAGCACACCCGCACCCGCCGCAAGUCCCGCCGCCGAUCGCAGCCAUACACCAUCAGGAAACCGGCCGACCCUUUUGCGGUCGUGCCAGCCCCUCCUCCCCCGGCUCCCCCCAAUGCAGCCCCAUCUACCAGAACAGUCAACCGUCCGUCGCUGGUGGUGCUGCAUCGGCUGACCGACUUGAUCAGAGGUGCUGAGAUUGACAUGAGCAAGACGCGCCCCCACUCGCCCCGCACCACCAGCAGCAAGGCCACUGGGGCGGGGGUGGCGAGUGGGAGCGCAGCGGACCCCAAGACGCCUGGGAGGACGCAAGCGGGAGGAGGGGGAGGCGGGACAGGCGGUGGGGCGGGUGGUAUGAUGGAUGUGAGGCCCGAUGCGAGCACGGCCAAUUUUGCGGUGCAUCUGGUGCUUGCGCUGCUGCGGAACGCCGUCAGUGCCAUGGGGGCGGGGGCGGGUGCAGGGGUGGUCGUCAUUGACGUCAUUGAUGCAGGUGUGUGCGUGUCUGAGGGCAUGCCACAAGAGAGAGAGAGAGAGAGAGAGAGACUGUGUCAGGCACCCCAUGUGUGUGUGUGUGCAGAUACAGUUGUAGAGUUUCAGCGCACCCAAGGCCCCGUAUCGCAUCGGCUGCAGACCUACCGCCGUUUCUUCGAUGCCAUCCUGCUGCUCACACAGCAACAGCUGCAGAGCGGCCAGGGGGGAGAGGGCGGCACGAGUGCCGCACUCUCGUGGACGGACCUCACUCGCAUCAAGCCACUCGUGUGAUGAUAUGGAUGGAUGGAUGGAUGGAC